CCAAGGGUUCACAUACUUUUUCUACCCUGCACUGUGACUGUUUACACGGUGUGUUCAAGAAAGACAUGCAAACGUAUAAUUGUUUGUGUUAUUAGUUGAAGCAGACUGUUUGUUUGUCUAUUGUUGAGACAUGUUGUCACAUUUUAUGACCCAUUUAUGCAGAAGUCCAGGUCAUUCCAAACGGUUCACAUACUUUUUCUUGCCACUGUACAUGUUUUUGCCAUUGUAGCCCUUAUACAAAGCUCAUGUUAGCGAAUGGAUUCACUACGGAAUUAUUUAAAAAAGGAAAAACUAGGCUCUCAGGAUUUAUGUUGAUUUGUGCUGUACAUGGACAGCACAGUUGGCUUGUGGCACCUUCAUUGCGGAGGAUGGGCUCGUGGUAAUGGCUGGAGCAGAAUAAGUGGCAUGGUAUCAAACGUGUUUGAUGCCAUUCUAUUCACUCCGUUCCAACCAUUAUUACGAGCCGUCCUCCUCUCUGCAGCCUCCACUGAUGGACAGUCACUACAUGGACAGAGAGUCACUGAAAUGUUGGCCUAUAUCAUUCUCGUCAUAUAAUCAGUGUUUUUCAAAUUAGCCUGUAAGAUAAACUGGUCAUGCUUAUCUUUAGAGUGAGCUCUAGCAAAGUUGGCAGUACACCACAAGGCAAAGUCCUCGCAACAUAGAAUGUACGUUAGAUUAGAUCUACAGCCUAAUAAUAACAACUCUCAAAUAAAUUAGAGUAGGCUAUCAAAUUAUAUAUCUUUUUUUUUUACGGAAACAUUUUCAGGAAUUAUGAAUUAUUAUAAAUGCUCCAAUGAUUAUGCAUUUUCACCAUUACCACUCUGUUAUUUCCCCCGUCUCCUCCACACCUACCACUCUGUUAUUUCCCCCGUCUCCUCCACACCUACCACUCUGUUAUUUCCCCCGGCUCCUCCACACCUACCACUCUGUUAUUUCCCCCGGCUCCUCCACACCUACCACUCUGUUAUUUCCCCCGUCUCCUCCACACCUACCACUCUGUUAUUUCCCCCGUCUCCUCCACACCUACCACUCUGUUAUUUCCCCCGUCUCCUCCACACCUACCACUCUGUUAUUUCCCCCGUCUCCUCCACACCUACCACUCUGUUGUUUCCCCCGUCUCCUCCACACCUACCACUCUGUUAUUUCCCCCGGCUCCUCCACACCUACCACUCUGUUAUUUCCCCCGGCUCCUCCACACCUACCACUCUGUUAUUUCCCCCGUCUCCUCCACACCUACCACUCUGUUAUUUCCCCCGUCUCCUCCACACCUACCACUCUGUUAUUUCCCCCGGCUCCUCCACACCUACCACUCUGUUAUUUCCCCCGGCUCCUCCACACCUACCACUCUGUUAUUUCCCCCGGCUCCUCCACACCUACCACUCUGUUAUUUCCCCCGGCUCCUCCACACCUACCACUCUGUUAUUUCCCCCGUCUCCUCCACACCUACCACUCUGUUAUUUCCCCCGUCUCCUCCACACCUACCACUCUGUUAUUUCCCCCGGCUCCUCCACACCUACCACUCUGUUGUUUCCCCCGUCUCCUCCACACCUACCACUCUGUUAGGGAGGUGGACUGGUUCUCUCUGAGCGCUGUGAUCCUGCUGCUGUGCACAGCCCCCUUCCUGGUGUUCUUCUUCGUCAUGGUGUGUGACCAGUACCAGUGCUCGGUCAGCCAGCCCCUGGUAGAGCUGUACAGUGGAGAGGCCACCCUGCACUCCAUCUGGGAUAAGGCCCCCUCCUUCACCUGGACCGCUGCUCAGAUCUACAUCGUCUGGGUCUCCUUCCAGGUGGUGCUCUACAUGUGUGUUCCUGAUAUCACUCAUAAGUUCCUGCCUGGCUAUGCUGGUGGGGUUCAGGAUGGAGCUCGCACCCCAGCGGGCCUCAUAAACAAGUAUGAGAUCAACGGGUUACAGUCGUGGCUAAUCACCCAUGCCCUAUGGUAUGCCAACGCUCAAUACUUCCACUGGUUUUCCCCAACCAUAAUCUUCGACAACUGGAUCCCACUGCUGUGGUGCACCAACAUACUGGGCUAUGCUGUGUCCACCUUUGCCUUUGUCAAGGCCUACCUCUUCCCCACCAAUCCCGAGGACUGCAAAUUCACAGGCAACGUCUUCUAUAACUACAUGAUGGGCAUUGAGUUCAAUCCCCGCAUCGGGAAAUGGUUCGACUUCAAGCUCUUCUUCAACGGGAGACCUGGUAUUGUUGCCUGGACUCUAAUCAACCUCUCCUAUGCAGCCAAACAGCAGGAGCUCUAUGGCUAUGUGACCAACUCUAUGAUCCUGGUUAACGUGCUGCAGGCAAUCUAUGUUCUCGACUUCUUCUGGAAUGAGGCAUGGUACCUGAAGACGAUUGACAUCUGCCAUGACCACUUUGGCUGGUACCUGGGCUGGGGAGACUGUGUGUGGCUGCCCUUCCUCUACACGCUGCAGGGCCUGUACCUGGUGUAUAACCCAGUCCAGCUCUCCACAGCCCAUGCUGCUGCUGUCCUCCUCUUGGGUCUGGUGGGUUAUUACGUCUUCCGCUCCACCAACCACCAGAAGGACCUGUUCCGCCGUACCGAUGGGAAGUGCUCCGUCUGGGGCAAGAAGCCCACCUUCAUUGAGUGUGCCUACCGCUCGGGUGACGGCGGCCUGCACCACAGCAAGCUCAUGACCUCUGGCUUCUGGGGCGUGGCACGCCACCUCAACUACACGGGCGACCUGAUGGGCUCGCUGGCCUACUGUGCAGCUUGCGGCUUCGGCCACAUUCAUCCCUACUUCUACAUCGUCUACAUGACCGUCCUGCUGGUGCACCGCUGUGUGAGAGACGAGCAUCGCUGCAGCAGCAAGUACGGCAAAGACUGGAAGCGCUACACGGAUGCAGUUCCCUACCGCCUGCUGCCUGGGAUCUUCUAGAGUCGAGACAGAGGUUGAAGGAACCCCUGCAUCCUGAAAGUAGUUUAACAGAAGAAGGAGACGUGUGUUAAAUGGACUGUUCACAUUCCAUGGGAAAGAUGUUGAUGACAUUUUGAGCAAAAAUGUGUGUGUGUGUGUCUGUGUGUGCCGUGGUGUCUUUGGAUGUGUAUGUGUGUUUCCAUGUUUCUCUGUAUGAAAAUAUGUAGUACUCAGAGUGAGAUCUUCACUUGUAGUCAGACUGCCAGCUUUGUGCUCUAAGAAGCAACCCUCAGGUACUCUCAGAACUGCUCUCAUUGCUGCCUAGGAGCAUUUCUCCAUAAAUGUUGGUACUAUGGUACAUAGACACUAUGAGAAACUCAAUAAUUGAUUUCUAAUUCAAAUCUGUAUUGAAGUGUGAACACCACAUAACCAUACCGUAGCAGUUAGUUGCCAUGGGUAAAGUAACUACAGCUACAAGUGAGCAAUAAUCUAGAUGUAUUUAUUUUUUUGACAAUGCACUGUCUGACAAAUGUGUCUUCUACUUAGGGAUCAGCACAGCAUUACAUGAUGCUAGCAACAGACUAGUAUAUUAUGUUCAAGAAGCAGUUACAACUAUACAGUGAUGGUUCCUGCUAAAAUUCAUUUGUUAUUUUAAAGUUUGUGCUAAUAGUGCUUUUACUUUAUCCAAAAGUUUUUUUUGCCAUUUGAUUUGAGGUGUUUUCCUGUUUUACCUGCCCUGUGAUAAGUGAUAACUUAGAAAAGUAAAUAUACCUAACAUUCUGA